CCGAAUACGUUCCAAGCUCUGGUUCGUAUGUUACGUCAUAUGGCCGCGAAGUGCAGUGAUCUGGCUGUGGCACUCAUCAAUAUGGAUUUCGCUCGUACAAUUCGUUUUCUGAUAAUUGGUACUGAGAGUGAGGAUCGCUCGUUAGAAAUGGUCAAUCGUCCAUCACAACAAUUGCAAGAGCUCGUUUUCUUGGCCGGUGAAUUGCUACCUCGUUUACCAAGCGAUGGAAUCUUCGAAAUUGAUAGUGUUAUGAUGCGUUCGCAUACGUCAUUCCAUGAACUCGCACCCGUUCAGUGGAUAUGGAAAGAUGAUUCAAAUCAGUGGCAACCCUUCAAUAGUUUCGAUUCAAGAGUUAUCGAGGUUCGAUUUGUACUUUAG